GGUUUGGACCUCAUUGUCUGUUUUGAUUGAUGUGCAGAAUUUUAAUUGAUUAAUGAUAAAAAAGAGAAAAAAAGGGGCCGUCUUUUCAUUCCUCCAAUCCGGAUGCAGCGGGCUGAGUUUGUUAUAAAAGCAGACGUGUGAAGCUGUCUGCGCUCACUCCCUCCUCCAGCUGAACUUCCUCACCCUGCGACCAUGGCCAAGGACAUGACUCUGCUGUGGGGCUCCGGCUCUCCCCCCUGCUGGAGGGUGCAGAUCGCUCUGGAGGAGAAGAACCUGCAGGGAUACAACCAGAAGCUGCUGUCCUUUGAGAAAGGGGAGCACAAAUCCAAGCAGGUCCUGGAGAUCAACCCCAGGGGUCAGCUUCCUGCUUUCAAACACAAGAACAUAAUUGUGAAUGAGUCCUACGGCGCCUGCAUGUACCUGGAGAACCAGUUCAAGUCUCAGGGGAACCAGCUGAUCCCUGAGGGCGCCGCCGAGAUGGGCCUGAUGUACCAGCGCAUCUUUGAGGGACAGACUCUCUUCCAGAAACUGGCUGACGUUCUCUUCUACACCUGGAAAGUCCCAGAGGCGGAGAGACACAACUCAGCAGUGGAGAGAAACACUGAGGCCCUGAAACAGGAGAUCCAGACGUGGGAGGGGUAUUUGAAGGGACCCGGCGGUUUCCUGGGUGGGAAGUCCUUUUCUCUCGCUGAUGUCAUCGUUUACCCAGUUAUUGCUUUUUUCUUCCGAUUUGGAGGAAAUGAGAACCAUUACCCAAACCUGGCAGCGUACUACAACAAACUGAAGGAAAGACCCAGCAUCAAGAAGACCUGGCCUCCUACCUGGGAGGAGACACCUGGACAGGAGGCGCUGAAGGACCUCUAAGACGUCCACCUGCUCCGUUGUGUUUUCAUGUUUAACCACUUCCUGUUUCACUGUGUAAUUCUCUAGUCACAUUUGUCACUGAAAAUAGAUUUUGUGAUGUGAAUAUAAUAAAUGUAAAUUGUAGAAA